AUGGCGGCCCGACUCGCUCUCAACUCGCGCAUUCGGCUGCUGCGGACCCCCAACCUACCUACUUCCUCCCGACUUCUCUCUACAACUACACGCUCGGUGCCACUCUCGCGAGCUACAACACCGCUCCUCGUACCUGCUGCUCGGACUACUUCGGCAACCUCUGUUCGCCACUAUGCGAAUGGUCGACCACACCCUCCGGGCGGUACUCACCGCAUGAACAUGAGCCCGGAGCCUGAGAAGCCUGCUCUGGAACAAUUUGGUGUGGAUUUGACAGAGAAGGCGAGAGCAGGAAAGCUAGACCCGGUCAUUGGCAGAGACGCCGAGAUUCAUCGCACGAUCCAGAUCCUGUCUCGGAGAACCAAGAACAAUCCAGUCUUGAUCGGUGCUGCUGGUACCGGUAAGACUGCCGUGUUGGAAGGUCUGGCCCAGCGCAUUGUGCAAGGUGAUGUUCCUGAGAGCAUCAAGAACAAGCGCGUGGUCAGUCUGGAUUUAGGAUCCCUGAUCGCGGGCGCCAAGUUUCGCGGUGACUUUGAGGAGCGUCUGAAAUCUGUGUUGAAGGAGGUUGAAGACGCUGAGGGCAAGGUUAUCCUCUUCAUUGAUGAGCUUCAUACGCUGCUAGGACUGGGCAAGGCCGAGGGCAGUAUCGACGCCAGCAAUCUGCUCAAGCCUGCUCUGUCUCGGGGUGAACUUCAAUGCUGUGGUGCUACAACUCUCAACGAAUACCGAUUGAUCGAAAAGGAUGUCGCACUGGCUCGCCGAUUCCAGCCGAUUUUGGUGGGCGAACCGUCCGUUGCCUCCACCAUCUCCAUCCUCCGCGGUAUUAAGAACAAAUACGAAGUCCAUCACGGUGUCCGAAUUACCGACGGUGCCUUGGUUGCCGCUGCCACCUACAGUAAUCGUUAUAUUGCCGAUCGUUACCUCCCCGACAAAGCCAUUGACCUGGUAGACGAAGCUGCAUCAGCGCUCCGUCUGCAGCAAGAAUCCAAGCCCGAUGCGAUUCGUGAACUAGAACGUGACAUUACAACCAUACAAAUCGAACUUGAAUCCCUCCGCAAGGAAACCGAUGUGAGCAGCCGCGAACGGCGCGACAAGCUUCAGGAAGACCUGAAGAUUAAGCAGGAUGAGGUCAGCAAAUUGACCGAGGUCUGGGAGAAGGAGAAGGCCGAGAUCGAUACUAUCAAGCGCACGAAGGAAGAUCUGGAGCGUGCUCGGUUCGAGCUUGAGCAAGCUCAGCGUGAAGGCAACUUCGCAAAGGCUGGCGAGCUCAGAUAUUCGACCAUUCCUGGCCUCGAAGCCAAGUUACCCAAGGAAGGCUCAGAGCAGGAGGCUGAACGCCAAAGUCUCAUCCAUGACUCUGUCACAGCUGACGACAUCGGCAAUGUUGUAUCGCGAACAACUGGCAUUCCUGUCAACAAGCUGAUGUCAGGUGAAGUCGAGAAGCUCAUUCACAUGGAGGAUACCCUCCGGCAAUCGGUCCGUGGACAAGAUGAAGCACUCGUUGCAGUAGCCAACGCGGUGCGCAUGCAGAGAGCCGGCCUUAGUGGUGAAAACCGCCCAUUGGCUUCGUUCAUGUUCCUUGGUCCCACGGGUGUGGGUAAGACCGAGCUUUGCAAGAAAAUGGCCGAGUUUCUCUUCUCUACCGAGACUGCAGUUGUGCGAUUCGACAUGAGCGAGUUCCAGGAGAAGCAUACUAUCAGUCGUCUGAUCGGUUCCCCAGCUGGCUAUGUCGGCUACGACGAUGCUGGUCAGCUCACCGAAGCUGUGCGACGCAAACCAUAUGCCGUUCUCCUGUUCGAUGAGUUCGAAAAGGCUCAUCGGGAUAUCUCAGCUCUGUUGCUUCAAGUACUUGAUGAAGGCUUCCUUACCGAUGCCCAGGGCCACAAGGUUGAUUUCAGAAACACCCUGAUCGUCUUGACCUCCAACCUUGGCGCUGAGAUUCUUGUCGGAGCUGAUCCCUUGCAUUCCUACAAGGACACUGGCGGUGCUGAGCUCUCGCCAGACAUCAAGAAGGCAGUGAUGGAUGUUGUUCAGAGCGCUUAUCCGCCAGAGUUCCUGAACCGUAUGGACGAGUUUAUCAUCUUCAAGCGGCUCUCAAAGGAAGCACUGCGGGACAUCGUGGAUAUCAGACUGAAGGAACUUCAAGGCCGACUGGACAGCCGACGGAUGACCCUGCAGGUAGACAACGAGAUUAAAGACUGGCUGUGCGAGAAGGGCUAUGAUCCCAAAUUUGGUGCUCGUCCUCUUAAUCGGUUGAUCGCCAAGGAGAUUGGAAACCGGCUGGCCGACAAGAUCAUCCGUGGCGAGGUCACCUCAGGCCAGACUGCUCGGGUCUCGCUCAAUGACGACAAGUCUGGCUUGAUUGUGACGACUGAAGGAAAGAAGGAAGAAGCAUGA